AUGUACUCGUCCUCGGCCAACGAUCCGUCAGCCGGCGCGGCGCCGUCGGAGGAGAGCGGCUGGCCGCCGGAGCAGGCGGCGGAGUCGCUCCAGUCGCUGGAGCCGCUGCUGGCGCGACGAUGGGCCACCGACGGACCGCAGACCACCGGCGGACACGGGACCUUCCCGCCGCCGGGACCGGCGAAACACCAGUUUCAGCCGCUGCAGCCGACCGACCAGCCCCCGCAGCAGACGGAGCAGCAGACAGAGCAGCAUAUUCAGUCUCCGGAGCCGAGUAACCAGUCUCCAGAGCAGCAUUUUCAGUCCCUGGAGCCGACUGACCAGUCUCUGGGCCAGGCAGACCUCAACUAUCAGUUGCUGCAGCCGGCUGACGAACAGUUCCAGCCAUUGAAACAGGCGGACCUUCAGUUCCGGCCUCUGAAGCAGGGAGACCAGUUUCAGUCCCUGGAACCGACGGACUAUCCGCUUCAGGCAUUGGAUCAGGCAGAACACCCAUAUCAGUUCCAGACCACGAGAGACGCUGGUUUCCAGUUUCAUCCUCUGGAGCUGACCGAGCAAUAUCUGGCCGCCACUAGCAGUGGGAUGUUCCAGCCACUACCGACGGCUCCAGAGACCCUCCAGCCGCCGGUCACUGGCGGUGAUUCUCUGACUGAGCCGAUGCUGACCCCACCUCCGACCCCGGAGCCGCCGACCUCUGCCGACCGGAAUACCGUCCUCCCGCCCAGUGUGGCAGGAGGGGGUGCCGAGCGCAUCCCGCUCCCUGCUGUCGAGGGGACCGGGCAGCCGCCAGCGACAGCCAUGUGGCAGCCGGGACCGCCGCCGGCCGGCGAGCGGGAAACGCUCCAUCGCCGUCCGUGGUCGGCCAGGGCGGUUUCCAGCCGGUGA